AUGAAGUUUAAUGAAGCCUCCUCGACAUUGUCGCCUCUCCCCAGCGUCCUAUCGCACGGCUUGGUAGCCGUCUCAACCUUCGGACUCCUCUCAUUCUUCUGUUCGACUUCAUUGUUCCUGUACCUGACAUGGCGUCUUAUCUCAUGGCGUCGAAGCUCUGUCGUCAAGGUACCAACGAAUCAAUUCCUGUUCUUAAUCUACAAUCUCCUCUUGGCCGAUAUCCAACAAGCUCUAGCCUUCUUGCUCAACAUUACCGCUUUGAGGAACAAUGCGAUUCUUGUCAAUACGCCGACUUGUUUUGCCCAAGGGUGGUUCGUGUCAACGGGGGACUUGGCCAGCAGUAUCUUCAUAUUGACGAUCGCGAUACAUACCUUCUUCAGUGUAGUGAAAGACUACAAACUGCCUUCUAGGACGUUCUACUGUGUCGUUGUCGCGAAUUGGGUAUUCAUUUACCUGAUGGCUGCAAUUGGACCGAUCAGGCAUGGCAAGAACUUCUACGUACGGGCCUCGGCAUGGUGUUGGAUCAAUGAUGAAUAUUCCGCCGAGCGUCUUUGGCUUCAUUAUUUUUGGGUAUUUAUCUGCAUAUCCUCUACGAUUGUCAUUUAUGCCUUUGUACUCCUCUGGAUGCGCCGAAAGUCUCGCUCGGGUGAGAUCUCGAGCCAUGCAGCUCACGGUGCUACUCCGCUCAUGGUCCUUUACCCUUUGAUAUACACCAUAUGUACGGCCCCCCUUGCCGCCGGUCGAAUAGCCUCACUAGCUGGGACCGAUGUCUCUCUCGGCUACUUCUGCACGGCUGGUACUCUGAUAGCAUGCAAUGGAUGGUUAGACGUGCUCUUGUAUGCGAGUACAAGGGCUGAUAUUGUGUUCGCCGAACUACCUGGGGAAGAGACUGGCUUGGAAACCUUUGCAUUCAUGGGCAAGGGGCACAACCUUGGGACGACGACCACUAUUCAAGCUGGUGGUGGUGGGCAUAGGAGCAGACAUAGGAGGAGCGUCGAUGGCGAGAGCAUGAUCCACCUACAAGGCAUGGGUCAGAUUGGAGUGAAGGGCGAGGUGAGUGUUGUCACAACCGACGCAAUCCAACCUGGACAUGGCAGGAGAGAGAAGAACAUGUCGACGAGCCACGUUGGCGCGGAUACCAGGUUGCCUUGGGAUAACCCUAGUGUGAAGAGUUUUGAUAGUUGA